UACAGGCAUGAGCCACCAUGCCCGGCCUCCACCUCUUAUAGUGGACCUGAUAUUAAAAUACCCACCUCCUAUGAUGAAAAGGAACUGAAUGAGUGUGGAAUCCCUAGGACUGUGCUGGCUUAUAAUGGGCCCUUGGGGUUUAGUUUAAUAGCAAAUUACAAGGUGCCCAUUCCUCAAAAUCUUCUAUAGACAUCUUCCAGGAAACUGCCAUGGAUAAAUAUCUGCAAAUCAAAGCAAAACUUUAGGGACAAACUACAUCAGUCUUCACCUGUGAAUUUUGCAUCUAUGAUGCAAAUGACACCCCCUCUAAAGUGUUACCCUUCUGUAGUGCACUACCUGGGCAACUGUCCUCAGCAAAGUUAGAGUAAUCUGCAGGAACUGAGUGGUGGCUGCCCCCUUUACAGAGGCAUAAGUUUUCAACUUGCCACAGUCUGCACCCUUCCGCUUUGUGCUGUGCCUGGUCCAUUUUACUCACUGAUAUUACCCAACAUCUGAAGGUGUUUAAGUUUGACCAUUGACCUCUCAUUUCAUAGUGAACUUCAGAGAGGUGAAAGGAUUCACCCAAGAUCACUCAGGAAGUGUGCAGUGUCAGCAAGUUAGCAGUAAGUCAAAACUAGGCCUUGAGUCUCUUGUCACUUCACAGCAGGACUCUUACACCAGCUACAUCUCUCACCAGAUGGUCCAAGGCAUUCGGUUGUCUCUGGCUUUGGUGGUUGUGGGAGGGGUGGAUCAGAGAUGCUCUGGGCCACGUUAUGGCUCUAGGCCACAUGCAAGCAAGCUGGAAACUGAAUUGCCUCUGCAGCUGCAGAAGACUAAUUUCUAUAUUGAUAUUUGGAAAAACUGACAGCUAGAAAACACCACUCAACUCAUUUUUAAAAAUACGAUCAUAUUAAAUGGCAUUACACGCAUCAUUUAUAUAUUGCUCGCAGUACCAGCAUCCUCAAAUAUGGUUCUAAUUUUGGUAGAUAUCUUGCUAGGGGAGCACAUUUCUAAGUUAUCCAGAUAUAGCACCCUCUUUCCUUCUCUUUCUGUCCACAUGCAAUCAGAUGCUUUGUGGCACUAAAGUUGACAUUUAUUUAAAUGCCAUUUGGUGUCUGGUUUUUUUCCACCUUUAAUUUGGGGUUUUCUAUCUGGGGUGUAAGUAAAAGAAUCACUUGGAGGGCUUUUUCAAAAUACCAAUGGCCAGGCCACUAGCCAGUCAAUCAGAAGCAAAAUCUCCUUGGAUGGGACCUGGAAGUCUUUUCAGCUUUCCAGCAUUUUAAUGAACACCCCUGAUUAAGAACCACCGGGUCUUAAGAGUGUGGCAUAUGUAUUUUUCAAGUUCCUAGAGGCUCUCCAAAAACAAACAAACAAACAAAAAUCUGCUUUGUUCUCUGCCUGGUGUUGAUGCGUCACUGUCUCUUUAGCCAUUAGUCUGAUCCUGGAUAUUUAUGGUCAUAAUCUGAUGAGCAACAUUGGGAAUGACUUCUUUAUUUUUGUUUGUUUGUUUGUUUGUUUUGAGACAGAGUCUCACUCUGUCGACCAGGCUGGAGUGUAGUGGCGUGAUCUCUGCUCACUGCAACCUCCACCCCAAUACUUUUAUUUUUAAAUAUUAUUUAUGGCAUCCAGAUUUGCAUAAGAUGGACUGGGUCAAAGGCCAUGCCCUUUAUAAAUCAAUAUUCUUAAGUUCUACAAAUUCACUUUCCUAAAGAGCCAAAUCACAUCCUACUCAUCAGCAACGUGGGUAGACAUCAUUUUCACAAUCAUUUCUAAUUUUCCACCAUUGUAAAAAAAUAUAUAUUUAAUUACUUUCUUACUGUAAAAUAAACAAUUUACUUUUCCAGGACCCACUGCCUCCUGGCUCCCCCUUUUUUUUUUUUUUUUCAAAUGAUCUUGAACCCUUUGUCACGAGUCAGUUGCCAAGAGAAGCCUGUUGGGUUUGAGAGCAGUUCUUGCAGACACAGACCACUUCCUCUGAGAAUUCAUUUGCUUCCCCAGGAUGGAAUCCAGUUGGGUCCCUGAACUUGCCGGUCAUGUAGGCCGGGGCCUCCAUCAAUCAUACCCUGCACUCCUUUCUGUGUCUAAACAGCACGCCCCACCCCCAACUGCACAGCAGCCACUUGCAUAGCACUCUGGGAGGGCUCUGGGCAUGAGCAGUGAGGACUCCAGCAGCAGCUCCCCCAAAUAACCACUGCUAAUGAGGGUGGCUUGAGAAGCAGCUUGGAUGUGCUGGUAAAUCUAGUUGCAAAAUGAAAGUAAAUUUAAAGCCUCAGCACAGCGCUUACUUUGAAGUAUUCUUACUCUAGUGUCCUGUGUGGCAGUAUUGGAAUUGUUCAGUGCUAAGACUCAGAGGAGAAAAGCACGUAGCAUCACAGGACUUGGAGCACUGGUGCUGAGGCAACCCUUCAUUCAUUCCUCGGAUGUGUGUUAAGGCCCAGGCCCAGGGCAGGGGUCAGGGAUUCUCCUCUCACACAGCGCGCAGGUGGCAGGACCAACACCGGGUCUGAUUCCCCAGCUGACGGCACAGGCUGCUAACCCCAGGCCUGGAAUCUGUCAGAUGCCCUUCCUGUUCUGACUUUACUUAGACAGGCCUCCUGACCUUCCCACAAAGAUCAUGUGUGACUCUCAAGGGUUCUAGCUGCUUGACAGGUUCCUGAGAAAGUACAUGCAAUGAGGACAGGGCUUGCAGAGGGAGCACAGGCAUGCAGAAGGCUCUGUGUGCAGCCCUAGACCUGGGCGCCUUUGUCACCGUCCUCACCCCACCUCCAAGUAUGCAGAGAGGGGGCAGGCCUCCUGUGUUGUGGCCCAAGCAGGGCUGUCAGGACACUGAGAACAUUUCCUCCUCCCGCAGGAGACAGAGGUCCAAGGUGCCCUACAUCGUACGCCAGUGCAUGGAGGAGAUCGAGUGCCGAGGCAUGGAGGAGGUGGGCAUCUACCGCGUGUCCGGAGUGGCCACGGACAUCCAGGCACUGAAGGCAGCCUUCGACGUCAGCUGCUGCAUUUCCGUGCUCUUUCCAGAUAAUAAGGACGUGUCGGUGAUGACGAGCGAGAUGGACGUGAACGCCAUCGCAGGCACGCUGAAGCUGUACUUCCGUGAGCUGAUGGAGCCCCUCUUCACUGACGAGUUCUACCCUAACUUCACCGAGGGCAUCGCUCUUUCAGACCCAGUUGCAAAGGACAGCUGCAUGCUCAACCUGCUGCUGUCCCUGCCGGAGGCCAACCUGCUCACCUUCCUUUUCCUUCUGGACCACCUGAAAAGAUCCAGAUACCUAAUACAAUGCUGGAAAGUACUCUGGGGAUAAUCUGUGUCCUGGCAGCAUUUGCUCUUCCUCUAAGCGCCUGGCCCCACUGCUCUUAGGAGUGGGGUUCCAAAGUCUCUGGAGAACAGGAUACGUGGAGGGUUAGGAAGGGGCCAGCCCUAGAGGAAGACUCCCUCCCAGAGCAGGUGGAGGCACAGGACCAAUCGCUACCCCCUCUGCCAGCACCUGCGGGGGAGCCCAGGCAUUCUUUGUAAAUCCUCAUGACCACCUGUCUCAAAGAAAACGGAAGCGUGGAGGCCGCCAAGUAUUUUCAAGAAAUAACCCCAUGAACACUGCAUCACUUUUUUAGAAAGAGGGGUUUGGGGCAGAGAGGAGAGAAGGGAGAGCAGAGCCAAGUUUCCAGACGGUCCUGCAGGAGGAAAGGAUGCAGCUGCCCAGAGGGAAGCAGGAUCGAAUUCAAGAAAGUGUGUGGGGUCCCUGGAUGACACCAGCACCCAGUGUGGCUCUGUCUGGCGACCGCUACCAAGGUGGAAGCAGUGGGUUUCCCCUGUGUGUCAGUGGGCAGCUCCUGCUGAGCCUGCAGCUCAUCGGCGAGGCUGACAGCGGGGCUGUGCACCUGACACUUCUCUCUGCUUGUGGACCUGGUGAGGCAGGGAGCAGAAAACAGAGUCAUUUGAAGGUUUUCUGUCUGUGUCUGUGUGCAGUGUGGAUUUUGUUGUGCUUUUUUCUUGCUGGGAGAGCACGGCCACCAUUUGCAAGCAGUGUCACCCUCAUGGGUGGUGAGGACAGAACAGGAGCCUCUGCUCUCUGUACCUAUCUGGGCCCUGUGAGCUCCCCUGUCCUGGCUUCCAUCUCUGUCUCAGUGACCAUCCAGCCCUGCAAGGAAACACAUCUUUCUUAGAAAAGCCAAAUCCAGCCCUUGUCUUGGUCUCCUCUGGUCUCAUGAUGUACAUCUGUCGCCUUGAAACUGGAAACCAAUCUAUCAGUGUCUGUACCAAUUUUUUGUUCCCUCUCCAACCUCCUUCCCCGUGCGUCUUUUUAUUUAUGUAGGAUGUAUGCUGUCUAAUGAUGGGAUGACCACACUUUUCUAUGUUCUUCUAAAAGUGCUCCUCUCCCACAGGGCCCCAGAGCUGAUGGUCGCUUUGGGUCUACAGCUCCUGCCUCAAAAGCCUGUGUGGUGGUAAAACCGGUACGGGACUGGGGAAUGCAGCAUUCUCCAGGAGGGGACCCGGCUCUCCUUCUGCAAUGCAGGCAAAGGCCUAGAUGCCAGUGUGACCUCCCACAA